CGAAGUAUCGUUGUAUUUCUUGUUCUUAGCUUCUUUAAAUUAACAGAUCAAAAAUCAAGAAAUGGAGGGCCUCAGCAGCGCACCAAUUUGUAAUAUCUAUUGCAAGGCUGCACCAACCCUGUUCGUCAGCAUGAGAAAUGGCAAGGUGGCCUUGGCUCCGGCAAAUGUCAAUGAUAAGUAUCGGCAAUGGUGCAAAGUUGAGAAGAGCCAAGGAAACAAUAACGAGGGCUCUGGCUUUUCUUUGGUUAACAAAGCCACUCUGCUUGCCAUCAAGCACGCUGCUGUCAAUCGACCUGUGGAAGUAACUCCCCCUGAAAAUACCAAUGAUGAGUCUAUACUAUGGACCGAGUGCACCGUGGGCGAUGCAGAUGGUUACAAAUCUAUAACAAUGGUUAAUAACACUAAGCUGUGUUGGGAUGUUUAUGGUGGCGAUGUAAAGGACGGUGCUUCUAUUGGAAUCGAUUAUUGGUCUGGAAAAGAUACUGAGCGCUGGCUCAUUGCACCAUGUGCACCACCGCCACCAGAGGGACCCCUUGUUAGUAUUUAUUGUCAGGCAGGACCUAAUUAUUCUGUAAGUGUGGGAAAUAACAGAGUGGUCCUUGCUUCAGCUGAUCCAUCAGACAAGUGCCAGCAAUGGUACAGGGUGGAGUCAAGCACCCAGGGCAAGAAAAGUUGUGGCUUUGCGUUGGUUAAUUGUGCUACUGGCCAAGCCAUCAAGCAUCCUGCCGCCAAUCAACCUCAAGCGGACGCGCAUGACAACUUUGUGUGUAACAUCUGCUCCACCUACGGGCGACCAAUAAAAAGGACUGUGCGUGACAAGUAUCCGUUACUAUUUGGGUUUGGUCUUGUGUCUACUCCACCUACUGCAUGCGGAUGCGCAUGACAACUUUGUGUGUAACAUCUGCUCCACCUACGGGUGACCAAUAAAAAGGACUGUGCGUGACAAGUAUGUGUUACUAUUUGGGUUUGAUCUUGUGUGUACUCCACCUACUGGUGACUAAUAAAGUACCGUGUGACAAGUAUGCUGCCAUAUGGUUGGCUAGCAUCAAAUAAUGUUGUCUAUAUGCC